CGGACCCCUUUCCCCUAACGCUUUCGGAGUCAGUAACACUCAACGCCUCCACAACAUGCUGAACAAGAAGAAGAAGAUGAAUUCCAAUAGUCACUGGGACUUUCUGGUUAUUGGUUCAAUUUUGAGACUGGGCUUGAUCGUAGGAAGAAAUUGAAGCUCCAAUGUGGGUGGAUCUCACAUCAGAAGUCAAUUCAAACAAGCAAGAUCGUGAUGAUGUCUGGUUCUACACAAGCCACUUGUUCCACCAGUGUUCUUCUCGUGAGUUGAAGAUUGCAUUUUCUCAUUCUGGGGAGGAGGGUACGGGGUUAAACUUUGACUUGCUGGGACAAUCUUCGCCCAAGCUUCCAUCUUCUGUGUCUAGGUCGAGAGGCAAACACUACGUGAGCAAGAAAUGGAGAGGGGACAGCCAGGCUAUUUUGAUCGAUAAGCGACACCCUGUCAAUGCUCUGAGUGGCACAUCCUCCUGUGUGACUUCAGAAUCUGGUAAUAAUGUGAAAACCAAACCAAGCUAUGCACUUCUGAGAGGAACUUCCCGUUCAAAGACGAGUUGGGUUUGUAAUAGCAGUUCUACUGGAAAUGGCUUACCAAGUUGCUCUCAGCCAAUAUCUUUUUGUGGGGACUCAACGUCUGCUUUGAAUUCUAUGGUAAAGAAAGCAGAUGAAAGCACUACAGCAAGCACAAUUACACAAGAGAGUGACCAGCAGCAACAGCAGAAUAUGGGAAAAUCUAGUAACCCCUUAAGUCAAGCAAGAGAGCGCCUGUCAUUCAUAAAGACUAGUAUGAGGAAGAGCUUUGUUACAAGAAAAACAUCCAGAGUAGAGAUCAAUGGCGAUAGAAGACAAUCAAGGGGAUGCAACUCCUCAUCCGGAAAGUCUAGUGUUGGGUCAUCAUCAAAUCCUUGUUAUGAUGUCAAGAGCUCAACAUCUACAUCAAUGCAAUACAAAGAAAGAACACCAGAUAGCAGAAAUAUGACAAGAAUAAGUAUUGCAGCCAAGAACAAAGUAAAAUUUUCUAAAGCAUCCAAGUCAUCUAGUAACAAGAUUGAGCAAGGGACUUCUAGCUACAGAACGGGACCUAAUACUGGGAAGUCUACCAAUCAGCAAGCUGCUAAACCAAAGGUUCAAGUUCAGACUCUCAGAAGAAAACCCUUGGGACCAGUUAGAGUCAAUGAAAACAAAGCAACUGCAACUGUAAAGUCCAAGGAAAAACCAGUAGUUGGAGUAUCUUACAGUUUGGCUGCCUCAGGGAUGGAGAAUAUGAAAGGGUGUGCUACAUCUAAUAAAAAAGAGGAUAUUGUGAAAGGCGAAACCGCUGGGAGUCAAACUCUGAAUUGCAAUAGCAAAGGUGUUGCUGCUGUGACCAUUGUUACUGGUCAGAAAGGGACAAGAAACAGCAUUCUGCAAGGACAUGACAGAAAGGGACUGGCUGGAAAGGAGAAUAUCAACGUCAAAAGCCGGUCGAUGAGCGUGAAAGAUAUUUCCCAAAGACCCCAUUUUAGGUGAAAGAUCAAUGCAGCCCAAUGGAGCAGUAUGUAUAGGUAUUAGUGUACUUCUAACUUCAGUUGUGAGCUCGACCUGUUACCUCCCUGAUUUGGUAACACAUUUGGUUCUUGUGGGAAUUCUUAUUUGCGGAAAUUCUCUGACCCGGAGAAAGGUUUCAGUGUCAGAAGUUUUUUUUUAUCUUUCUCUGAAUCAAUUGGAAGCCG